AGAAGGAUUACUUUACAAGCUCCAGCACGCUCAUGUAGCUGGCUUUAGGGUCUUUGCAAACUGGAAAAGUGCCAUGAACCUUAAUAUUUGGCCAGUGACUUGACUUUGAUGGAGUUCGUGUGUGUGUUACAUCAUUACGUCACCGUGCUGUCAUCUGUGUGCUUUGGCUGGAGAACGUUAUUUGGAAUUCCGAACAACAGCCAGGUUAUAUAACGCCCAGUUUACCCCUCCCUGUUUGCGUGACAUCAAUGAAUGACUUAAGUUUCACGCUCUUGUUGCUCUGCUGCCGCCGACCGACCGUGCGUGCCUUUCGACUGAAUAAUAGGGAGGACAGAUCAUCUCCGAACAAGCAACAAAGAACAUACUGUCGGUCCUGCCAGUGGGACUGAGCAAACGUUGGAUACACAGACUCACUCCACAUCUUCUAACUGACGAGUAUGGGACAGACCCAGGACAAAUUAGAAGGCAGAGAACAUACCCUUGUUGAGGAAUUGGAGGACUCCGACUGUGGAGAUUCAGACAGUCAAUCAGAUGAUGUCAUGAAGACAGGAAGUGCCUGUGAAGAGGAGGCUGGCAGCUCAGAGGGGAAAAAAUAUUCAGUGGAGCCAGACACGGAAGAUUUGGAUGAAAGUCAUAAUCAGGACUUAAUAACACUUUCCAGUGAGAGGCACAUCAAUUUGUGGGUGAGGCAGUUUACUCCAAGCGAGGUGAAACAAGAAGGAGUGUCAGGAAGUGGUCCAGGAAGAGAAGAAGGAAGAAGGGCCGCUCCAUUGGUUUCAGCAGGCCAAAACCGAAAAGGUAGAGUAACAACCGAGGAAAGAGCUUCGACAUACAAGGUGUUGACUAAAAAUAAGAUUGGAGAGAAGCGUGCUGAGAAGCAAUUUGAAGUCUCCUCGAAGAUCAAAAUGGAAGACCAUUGUGAGGGCAACCAAAACAAAUGUGACUUGUAUGGCCAUCUCCCAUCCUCUUGGGAUUCAGAAUCUCUAAUGCUACAAAGGGAAGCAAACAAAGCUCAUCAAGACACCGAUCUAUCGAAUCUACCCGCAGACACCGAACCCAGUUUUAUUUUGGAGAAGCUGCUGAAGAGAAACCGAAUUGAGACGUGUCCAGCUCUGGAAGAAAUACAGGAGGUGGACACUGAUGAAUUGGACAUGGAACUGGAUAUGACCACGCCUGUUGCUGGAGCAACCGAAUUCACCACUGAGGAAAGGAACACACCGGCAUACAGCACCCGGAGCAUAUUAUCAUCGUCUACAAUCAAAGCAACACAGGGCGACUUUGAAGUGGAAGAUACUGCUGACCGUUUGACCAAAAAAUCCAAUUUUUGCACAAGUGAUAUGGUGAAGAAAUCAACAAAGGCUCCAGACAACAAGGCAAUCAUUCCAAAUAAAGGUGCUUUAAACCCGUUACAAACUGCUUUACAUGAAAGAAGGUCUUAUGAGGGCAAGUCUGUGACCACUAAGGAGGCCACGCCAUCCUUUCAGCCUGCUCCACUGAUAGAAAAUGAUGACCAUACAGGAAACUCAGAACAUAUGCCCCAAGAAAGUGAUGACCAAACGACAAACUCUGAACAUCUUCCCCCGAGAACAAAUGAAGAUGCCAGCUCAAUUUCGAUCCCAUCCAAGGCAAAAGAAAGUUACCCGAGGCAGAAUGUUCCCACGACCAACAAAGAAAAUGAAACACCAGAGCAGCCUGACAAAAAAACUGUCAGGGAAAGUGAUGCUGGAGUUUUAAUGAGAGAAAACCCCACCGACACUGGCAGGUCGAGGCCUGUCUCUGAUCUCAUAAAAGAAAACAUACAGCUCCAUGAGAAGCGUCUCCACCAGGAUUGGUCCAAGCCCGCCGAAGUCAAAUGCGACGAGCAUAGUCAGUCUGUGAAGGUAGCACAGAUGAAGGCCACCUUUGACUCACCUCACAAAUCCCCAGAAAAACGAAUUGAGAGGAAGCCUUCUGUCAGAAAAGGUAAGGCCAUUGCAAACUGUGGGACCACAUAG